AUCUCUAGUAAUUAUCAGCACUUUGGAUGGACGAAUUGCUGCACUGGAUCCAGAAAACAGUGGGAGAAAACAGUGGGAUCUGGAUGUGGGAUCAGGUUCUCUUGUGUCAUCCAGUCUCAGUAAACCAGAGGUAUUUGGAAAUAAGAUGAUAAUCCCUUCCUUGGAUGGGGACCUUUUCCAGUGGGAUCGGGAUCGAGAGAGCAUGGAAGCAGUUCCUUUCACAGUUGAAUCUCUCCUCGAGUCAUCCUACAAAUUUGGCGAGGACGUUGUCUUAGUUGGAGGAAAGUCUUUGACGACCUAUGGGCUGAGCUCAUACUCAGGGAAGGUGAAGUACAUCUGCUCAGCUAUGGGAUGUCGCCGGUGGGAUGACGAUGAAACAGAACAGGAAGAGACGCUCCUAUUGCACCGAACCCAGAAAACAGUCCGUGCUGUUGGACCACGCAGUGGCAAUGAAAAGUGGAAUUUCAGCGUUGGUCACUUCGAGCUGCGCUAUGUCCCAGAUAUUGAAACUAGAGCGGGAUAUAUUGAGAGCAAUUUUAAAUCAAAUAUGAACAAAGAAGAAACAAAAAUUAUUUCAGAUAUGGAUGAGCAGGAAGCUAUGAUGAAAGAUACAGUGAUAAAGGUCUCAGUAGCUGACUGGAAGGUGAUGGCUUUUAACAAACGAGGAGGACAUCUGGAAUGGGAAUACCAGUUUUGCACUCCAAUUGCUUCUGCAUGGCUGGUUAAGGAUGGCAAAGUAAUUCCAAUCAGUCUGUUUGAUGACACAAGUUACACUGCGAACAAUGAAGUAUUGGAAGAUGAAGAAGAUCUUGUGGAAGCUGCCAGAGGGGCCACAGAAUCCAGUGUCUAUUUGGGUAUGUACAGGGGCCAGCUGUAUCUUCAGUCAUCAGUCAGAAUUUCUGAGAAAUUCCCAACCAACCCAAAGGCUCUGGAAUCCAGGAAUGAUAAUGCAAUUAUUCCUCUUCCCAAAAUCAAAUGGAAACCUUUAAUCCAUUCUCCUUCCAGGACUCCAGUGUUGGUGGGGUCUGAUGAGUUCGAUAAGUGUCUCAGCAAUGACAAGUAUUCUCAUGAAGAGUACAGUAAUGGAGCACUUUCAGUUCUGCAGUAUCCAUAUGAUAAUGGUUAUUAUUUACCCUACUACAAGAGAGAGAGAAAUAAACGUAGUACCCAGAUCACUGUUAGAUUUUUUGAUGAUACGACUUACAAGAACAUUCGCAAAAAAGAUCCUGUUCUUCUGCUUCACUGGUGGAAAGAAAUCGUUGGCACCAUUAUAUUUUGCAUUGUGGCCACAACUUUUAUCGUACGCAAACUUUUCCAUCCCCAUCCUUACAGCAGACUGCGGAAGGAAUCUGAAACACAGUGUCAGACUGAUAGUAAAUAUGAGCCUACUUGUGGAGACGUUAAAGACACCAGCUGGAGUGACAUCAAGAACUCUGGAUACGUGUCAAGAUAUCUGACAGAUUUUGAACCAAUUCAGUGUCUGGGUCGUGGAGGUUUUGGAGUAGUUUUUGAAGCCAAAAAUAAAGUGGAUGACUGCAACUAUGCUAUCAAAAGGAUCCGUUUACCUAACAGGGAGCUGGCUCGUGAAAAGGUGAUGCGGGAAGUCAAGGCAUUAGCUAAACUUGAACAUCCAGGUAUUGUUCGGUAUUUCAAUGCAUGGCUGGAAGCUCCACCUGAGAGAUGGCAGGAGAAGAUGGAUGAACAAUGGUUAAAAGAUGAAAGCACUGAUUGGCCACUCAGUUCUCCCAGUCCAAUGGAUGUCCCAUCAUUUAAGAUCAGAACAGAGCCAUUUUCUACAAAGGAGCACAUUGAAGUUAUUGCCGCUUCAUCGGAGAGGGUAAGGUCCGUGGGAAUACCCUGUGGUCAGUCCGAUUCAUCCGGAAGCCAGUUUUCUCCUUUGGAGUUUUCUGCCACAGACAACAGGGACUUACACCAGUCAGAAGAUCCACUAUUAAACCUUCAGGACAGUGUCCUUACAGGCUGUGAUGUAGAAGACAGUACUAUCUACAAUAACGAGCUGGGUCACUCCCUGGAAAUUUGUUCUUCGGCUGUUCCUGUUGUACACCUGAGGGAAGGGACCUCCUCUUCUAUUGUGUUUGAGGAUUCUGGUUGUGGAAAUGCUUCUAGUAAGGAAGAUAAAAUUGAUGUUUCGCAUGAUGGAAGUCUUUCUGAGGAUAAGGCAAAAAGUACAAAGGAAUCCGAUAACAAGAAAUCUGCUUCAGGAAGUCCCCUCUCUGUUUCUCCACCAAGGCCAACAAGUUUAAGCCUGGACCUUUCUAAAAAUAUUACAGAAAAAGUCAAGCCCACUUCUCCAAAGGUGUAUCUUUACAUCCAGAUGCAGCUCUGCCGGAAAGAAAAUCUCAAAGACUGGAUGAGCAGAAGAUGCAUGAUAGAGGAGAGGGAAAGGACAGAGUGUCUGCAGAUAUUUCUGCAGAUAGCUGAAGCGGUUGACUUUCUGCAUAGCAAAGGAUUAAUGCACAGGGAUCUCAAGCCUUCCAAUAUAUUUUUCACAAUGGAUGACGUAGUAAAGGUUGGGGAUUUUGGACUGGUAACUGCUAUGGACCAAGAUGAGGAGGAGGAAUCAGUACUUACCCCAAUGCCAGCUUACGCCAGGCACACAGGACAAGUAGGGACCAAACUCUACAUGAGCCCAGAACAGAUCUGUGGGAACACCUAUUCGCACAAAGUGGAUAUCUUUUCUUUGGGACUGAUUCUCUUUGAGCUGCUUUACCCUUUCAGCACACAGAUGGAGAGGGUCAGGACCUUAAGUGAUGUUAGAAAUUUGAAGUUUCCACCAUUGUUCACUCAGAAAUAUGCACAAGAGUACACCAUGGUGAAGGACAUGCUCUCUCCAAGUCCCACUGAAAGACCAGAGGCUGCAGCAAUCAUAGAAAAUCCUGUAUUUGAAGACUUGGAACUCCCACCAAAACCAGUGCUUAGGCAGAGGUCACGGACAAUGAGUUUAUCAGGAAAUAAGCAUUCAAGACAACCAAGCAAAUAA